AUGCAGAACGAGAAUUUUAAUUCACAAAACAAUAUGCAAAGUGUUGAAAAUGGUGUUAGGAACCUUUUUCUAAAGAAAGGGAAAAGACCUCAUAGAGCUUUCCAUAAUUUAUCUGUAAGUAAUAUCAGUAAAAAUCAACUUCCUCCUGUUACCCAAGAUUUAAAUUCUGUAUAUGAUAAUGGUAUUUAUGGAGACGUUGCAUCAUCAAAUCCUAAUCAAAUGAACUUUCAAGGUGGCAAUGUAGGCUAUCAGAAUCAAGGUUCUAGUGUAGUCGCUCAAGAAAUGAAUUCUGUUAAUGGCUUUGAAAACCCACAAUCAGGGAGAGUAUUCACACCAAAGCAUUUCGACAGCCCAUUGAGCACACCUUCUGUAAAUGAAGUCAUUAACCAAGGUAGCUAUGCUUUCCAUUCCCCGAACAAUUUACCUAUACAGUCUAUGUCUCAUAUUAUCGCAAAACAAAGAUGGGAAGAUCAGUUAGAAUACCUAACUAAAUCUUUUAACACCAAAGAUAACUCGAUCCCUCCUCUUUCAACUACUCAAUAUUACUGCAAUGACCAAGGUAGUUGCGACCCUCGUCUAUUGGCCUUAACUAUGUACAAUAUUCCAAAGAAUGAACAUUUUAGAUCCGCAACUAAAUUGCCAUUAGGUUUAACGAUCCAACCGUUCGCAAAAUUAAUCCCUAAUGAAAACAUACCAUUGGUAGAAUCCACUCAGGAGUCGGGUCCAUUGCGUUGUAACCGUUGUCGUGCGUACGUUAACCCCUCUUUCCAAUUUACCUACGAUUCCUCGGUUGUAUGUAAUAUCUGUAAAAUGAGAACAAAAUUAUCAAACGAACAUUUUGCUCCUCUUGGUCCAGAUGGAAAUAGAUCUGACAUGGGAGCUAGACCAGAUUUGUAUAAAGGCUGUGUUGAUUUUGCUGUCCCUGAUAUUUAUAACUGCAAAGCUGGCGAAGCUCCUUUGCCAUUGCACUAUGUUUUCUUAAUUGAUGUUUCAUUGAUUGCUAAUGAAAAUGGUAGCUCGCUUGCUGCUGUUGAAGGUGUUCGUUCAGCUAUCGAAUAUAUCGGCGAUUUUCAACCAAAGUGUAAAGUUGCUAUUAUCUCUUACGAUUCAAAAUUGAAAUUCUAUAAUUUAUCUCCAGAAUUAGCAUCUGCACAAGAAUAUGUCAUUACCGAAAUUAAUGAUGUGUUUUUACCAUUCUACGAGGGUUUAUUUGUUAGACCAAAUGAUUCUACUAAAACUAUCAACGAUACUUUAAGAAAAAUUUCCCAAUAUAUUACUAUGGAUAAAUUCUCACAUGUUCCACAUGUCUGCUAUGGUUCAGCUUUAGAAGCUGCGAAGUUAGCCUUAGACACUGUGACAAAUGGUCAAGGUGGGAAGAUCGUCUGUACAUUGAAUUCGUUACCAACUAUUGGUAACGGUAAUUUAUCCUUAAGAAAAGACGACAACAUGAAGCGUCACUUAAAAUGUGACAAUGACUUCUAUAGUAAGUUAGCUCGUGAAAUGUUAUCCAGUUAUAUCUCGUUAGAUUUAUACGUCACAAGUGCCGGUUUUGUUGACAUGGCUACUGUCGCACACCCUGUAUAUAUGACAUCUGGUAACCUAAAAUACUAUCCGCAUUUUAUUCAUGAAAAGGAUGAAUUUACUCUUGUCAAUGAUAUGACAGAAAAUAUAGCAAGUAUUACUGGUUACCAAGCUUUACUAAAAAUCCGUUGUUCAUCUGGUCUAGCAGUUUACCAAUAUUACAUGGGUGCUAGUGAAGGUUCUGACCGUGAUCCAAUAAUACCUGUUUUAACAUCCAAUACAACCAUUGAUGUUCUAUUAAAAUAUGUUGAAAAAUUGAAAGAAGGGACUGAUAUGAGUUUUCAGGCUGCCUUGUUAUAUACCAACAUUGAUGGUGAUAGAAGAGUACGUUCAAUCAACACCAGUGGUGCUGUCUCAGGUAAUAUUCGUGAAAUAUUUAAAUUCUUAAACCAACAAGUUAUUUUAAGAAUAAUGGUUAAAGAUAUCUUGAAUGCACUAGGUGAUGCUGAUUUUGCUAAGGUAAGACAAUCAAUCGACGAUAAAAUGGUCGAUAUAUUAACUCAAUACAGAGCAUUGGUUAGUGGCAAUUCUUCUUCUCAAUUAGUCCUACCUGAUACUUUAAAAACAUUACCAACUUAUAUGCUAUCUUUCCAGAAAUCGGAAUUAAUGAAACCAAACGCACAAAGUACACGUGAUAAUCAACGUGUAUAUGACUUAUUCAAAUAUUACAUGUUUAAUAGAGCACAAUUUUCCUAUAAAUUAUACCCUCAAAUAAUACCAACGCAUGUUUUAUUGGAGGAUACCGACUUAACAUUCUAUGAUGCCCAUUAUCAAUUAUUAAUGAUAAAACAAAGUUCAAUCGAUAACGUUACAGUCAAAGAUGCUUAUAUGCAAUUCACCGAUGGUGGAUGCUAUCUAAUCUUUAAUGGUGAAACAUGUUAUUUAUGGUUUAAUGAGAAUACUAAUAAACUUUUAUUAGAAGAUUUAUUAGAUGUUGGUGCCAAUACCGCAUAUAACCAAAUCACGUUAUGUAGUAAUUCUUUACCAAAGAUAUCUACUCACAUCAAUAAAAAGGCUAACAAUACCGUAAAGAAUUGGACACAAACAACUAAUAAAUCAAUAAUUCCGGUUAUUUUAUUAAGACCAAAUGUGGAUCAAUACUACAGCAAAGUGUUUACAUCAAUAAUAGUAGAAGAUCCAACCAUGAACAAAGUUGACAGUGCAGACAAUUAUCUUGUGAACAUGCACAGACGUAUUCAAGAAAACUUGACAAAAACAAAUUAUGUAGAAAAUUGA